UGCACUAGCCCGUCUACUUAGGCAGAAGUGUGGCUGGUUAGCUGCUUUGUUUGCAUGAUAACUUCCAGGAUAAAAUGUCCAUGCAACGGCGCCUCUGACCUGGGGUACUCCCAUCUUUUACUUUAAAAGUACGUCAGUAGUUAAAAUACACAUCACUGCAUUAGUGGAAUCAUUAUCAGAAAUCUACGAUUUUUUUUUUCCAAAUGUCGAUUAUACGGAUUUCAGCUUUGUUGCCGUUGUCUAUGCAUGUGUAUAGAAACAGGAAGAUCAGAGUUGCAACUUUCUCUCGAUGCCAGGUUUCGCUCUUCCUUCUUCAUAGCAAGAAAUGAGGACGCAGUGUCACCUAAGAUGAGCGUUGUGGUCAAAACGGCACCACAAGAAGAAAAACACCUGAAGUUCCAGCUGUCGCAUCCUGUUGUUCCUCAAGAGAGCACCUUUAAAAUACUCUCCACCAAGAUUGAGAUUAUGAUGAAGAAGAGUGAAGCGAUACGUUGGGAGACACUGGAAAUGGAGGGGGCCCAGGUUAACAUGAAGCCAUUCACUCCAAACCAGUAUCCAUCCUCUUCCCUUUACUCCCGUAACUGGGACAAACUGGUGAGGGACAUUAAGGAUGAAGAGAAGAAUGAGAAGCUGGAGGGGGACACUGCUCUGAGCGAUCUCUUCCAGCAGAUCUACUCCGACGGUUUGGAUGACGUCAGGCACGCCACGAAUAAGUCUUUCAUGGAGUCUGGUGGAACAAUCCUAAGCACCAACUGGAAGUAUGUGGGUAAAAGAAAAGUGAAGGUAAGAUGGCGCUGGCUGCAUGGACUGCUGCUGUCUUCUGCAUGAGGGCCUCACACGACACCCAGGAUGCGGCCCACCCACCAACGGCAGGGCAUGAUCAUCCUGCAGGCCACGCGGC